CCAGUUCCGCUGCCGCUGAGGAGGAGCGCUUCAUCCUCUUCAGGAAUCAACAGAAAUAAAUACAUAUAUAUUAUUAUUGUUUUUUUUCAUCAUUAAAACGCACACACGGCUGGUUUAUCGAAUGGUUACAGGUUAUUAAAACGGCGAGGUGGAAAUCGUCGUGUUUCCGUCGGAUUUGAGGAGGAUUUCUGCUGUGGAAACGACUAAACGCUUCAUUAUUGACACUUUCAUUUAUUUAAAGCUUUUCAUUUUAAAAGAAUAUGGAAACUGCUGCAAGAAACAAAUCGAGCAAAGGCCUGAAGAUCCAACCUCCUGAGAACGAGAAGGUUUCUGCCGGUGGACCCAAGAGAGUUCCGGUGACCCAGAGCGCUCAGAAGCCCGUGUUGACGUCGAACACGCGUGUUCUCGGCUCAGCACACGGACCGCAGCGCAUCCAGCGCAAGCCCAUCGGAGUCUCUGUUCCUGUGAAACACACACGUCCCGGAGACCAGAACCUCAAUCCAGAGCCACUCCAAACACCAACACAGAGCAAACCUCAGGGAACGAAAUCUCCUGAACCCAGCAAACAGAACAGACUCCAGCAAACUCCUUCCGCUGGAACAUCCAGUAAUGCCAAGAAAGCGUGGAGUUUGGAGAAUUUCGACAUCGGAAGAGCUCUGGGCAAAGGCAAGUUUGGGAGUGUGUAUCUGGCCAGGGAACGUCAGACCAAGUUCAUCCUGGCACUCAAAGUCCUGUUCAAAACUCAGCUGGAGAAAGCUGGAGUGGAGCACCAGCUGCGGAGAGAAGUGGAGAUCCAGUCACAUCUCCGACAUCCCAAUAUCCUGCGUCUCUACGGUUAUUUCCACGACGCGGCACGUGUUUAUCUGAUCCUGGAGUUCGCUCCUAAAGGAGAGCUGUAUGGAGAGCUCCAGCGCUGCGGGACGUUCGAUGACCAGCGGAGUGCCACGUAUAUAAUGGAGCUUGCAGAUGCUCUGAGCUACUGUCACUCAAAGAACGUGAUUCACAGAGACAUCAAACCUGAAAACCUCCUGCUGGGGGCCAACGGAGAGCUGAAGAUCGCAGACUUCGGAUGGUCCGUCCACACACCCUCCUCCAGGAGGUCGACGCUGUGCGGUACGCUGGACUAUCUUCCUCCAGAGAUGAUUGAAGGCAAAACGCAUGACGAGAAAGUGGAUCUGUGGAGUCUAGGAGUGCUCUGCUAUGAGUUUCUGGUUGGCCACCCACCUUUCGAAACAAAGAGCCAUGACGAAACGUACCGCAAGAUUUCUAGAGUUGAGUUCACGUAUCCGGCUCACGUGAGCGAGGGCAGCCGAGACCUGAUCGGCAGACUGCUGAAGCACAACCCCAUGCACCGGCUCCCCAUCCAGAGCGUCUUGGAGCACCCAUGGGUGCUGGAGAACUCCUCCAAGAAACCAACCCCUCGCACGCCAACCAGCAGCUGAGGACCAGACUCAACAAAACAGACUCAUGUGGCAGUAAUGCGUCUGAUCUUUGCUACCGCUCUUGGGAAUAACUUUAUGAUUUGUAUGUUGUUUUUUGUGUUUUAUUGUUAACCAGUGUUGGGGGUAACUCAUUACAAGUUACUCGAGUUACGUAAUUGGAUUACUUUUAUCAAGUAACUUGUAAAGUCCACUUUUUGAGUGAAAUCGGGAGUAAGAUGUUACUUUUAGUUUUAGAAUAAAUGUAAACAUGCAUUAAUUCAUCUCGCACACAAAAAGAAAAUUUUAAUUUAGUUUUCUUCAAAAUUAAUAAUAACAGUUAAAAGCAACUCGGAAUAUGAGUCAAAGAAAACCUUUUUGUAUUUAAUAACAUUAUAUUAACCAAUUUGCUGCUGACUUUUGAUCCAAUUCAACCAUAGUAACAAGCAAAAAUGACACAAGAUAAACUAACAUUUAUUGCUGAACUUUCUUCUUCUGUGUUCUACUGUACAGACUUGAAUUUACAUUUCCUACGAUCUGAGGAUUUUGUUGCGAAAGGGCUUUUACCUUUGCCAAAAAUAUAACUUUUUACAAUAAUAAAUGUAAGCCCAGCCCAUAUUUAAAAGUAAUGCAAAAAGUAAUGUAAUGCAUUACUUUUAAUACAAAUUAACUAAGUAACGCAAUUAGUUACUUUAAGGAAGUAACGCAAUAUUGUAAUGCACUACUUUUAAAAGUAACUUUCCCAACACUGCUGUUAACACGCUACAAUUUACAUGCAUUUGUAAAUAUGUAAUAAAGACACAGAUUGUAAAGUUUUAACCAUUACUUGAAUCCGAAUCAGAAUGAGCUUUAUUGUAUGUUUACACAUACGAGGAAUUUGUUUUAGUGACAGGAGCUCCACGGAGCAACAGAAUGAUGAAACAGUAUAAAUGUGAAUGAAACCAGAAAUGUUCUUUUAUUAUAACUUUUGAGGAUCUCAAUAUAAAACUUAAUGUAUUUCACUUUUUGUGUAUGGGAAUAAAUUUCUUUAAGAUAAAAUAUA